AUUUAAUCCACUGGAUUUGUCGUCGCGUUUGUCUGUAUGACGACCAAAUCCCUGCUGUCUGCUACGGCGCAUACAUGCGAAACACGAUAGAAAGUGCCCGGUGCAUUCAUUAACGCUCAAAUUUAUGUAAAUUCAAAAUCAUUGCGUGAAACCACAGGCACAACAAGACGUAUUCAGCGACCAAAUCGGACUGGUGGCCGAUGCAAGAGCGAAGAGCCUCCAUAUUGAAAAGUGAAACAUCGACGGGCGCGUGGAAAUCUUACACCGCCGGCCGGGGUCAUAUGUUAUUGAAACUGUGUCGUAGUUCUUCGGGAUUCGAUGUGCAGACUCUUACUCGAGUCACGGAGUAAAGUACGAUGGCUUUGAUUCGUUGGUUACUGCUUGCAUCGCUUCUUAUCGCCGCUACUUCAUCUACUGCGUGUCCAGUAUCGUGUAAUUGUUCAACAACAGAUUUGAAAGUAGCCGUUAGUUGCGAAGGCGAAGAAUUCACAGCGAUCCCAAGCAAGCUGCCAGAGAACACGACAUCGUUGUAAGUAAUUGAUCUGGUUUGUUAUUUGAAUUAUACAAUUUGUCGUUUUCAAUUUGCUCCUAAAACACGUGUCUUUGUGAAAGUGUAGUUUAUAACGUUUUAAGCCAUUAAUCGUCUCGUUUGAACGCUUAAGUACAACGUCAUAGACAGAAUUGCUAGAAAGCUUCGUAUCUGAAAUGCAAUGUGCGACUUGUCUCAUUAUAAUAAUUGUUGGUUCGUUUGUACGAUAUUUUUUGGCACAGCUGCAUGCUAGAUCGAAUUUUUCUGGGCCCUUGGUUGUCGAAAUUCUCGUAGGAAAUUUGGGGCUUGGAACUAUAUCUAGAUAAUAAUUCUAUGCCUUCCCGAAAACAACUUGAUGAAACAUGAUGUAUGCAUAUACUGGCAUACCCUGUGGAAGAAGACUUUGUGAAUUGCCUGUAAUUUCUGAUAAAAAAGAGAUUUAAAUUCGUUCACCUUUAUAAUUUAUAUGUACCGAAUGGACCGGUUCCUUUUUUGCUAGACUAUUAAUUAUAAUAUUGUGUUGGAUUUUUCGUCCGCCUCAAAGAAAACCCGUUUCACGUCGAGUAUGAUGACAGCGAAGAAACUGGAACAUACACACAUCACCGCCAGGUUUAAACCAUUAUAGUUCUAUCGAAAAAAAAUUCCAGGUUUUGCUUUUUGUUUAAAUCGUAUGGUGUUCGAUUGGUGGGGUCUCUAAAUAAGGCUUAGGCCCGUGAUAAGAUCAGAAAAGUGUACUCACCUCGAGAAGCAGAGAAUAAAUAAAAAUUGACUUUAUUUGACAGAAUCCCCAAGAUACGAAAUGCAAAUACUGUAUUCAAUCAAGAGAAAAAUGUUCUGCAUGUUAACUAGGUAUAAAUAUCAUAUGAUUGGCGGGAAAAUCUUAUAAAAAAAUAUAUCACAAGAAAAGCAGAAAGAUAGAUUGUUAUCUGCCCGUUAAAACUCUUGUUAAACGUUUAAUUGCUAAACAUGGCAUAAUUGAUUUCCGAAGCUUCGAAGCAAUAUUGACGUUUCACGAUUUUCUGUUUGAUUGUUCAAAUUAAAAUUCACUACACAAACCGAAUUAUUCGGAUUUUCAUCACUGGCGGUGUAAACCCAAGCCCCCGUGUGCCCUGAUAUACAAUCCUCUUAUCUCAUAGCCACAAGUGAGAGCUCUCGGCAUCAAGGAUCGGCGAUGACAUUUUUUUUCAUCGCUAGACGCUCAUAUGUAUUUGUGUUUAAGUUUCGGGAGGAAGUUCUUGUCAUAACCUUCUUGACACAUUAAUGAAUCUUCAUAAAAGGGCAUAUGCUAAAACCCAGACGAAUGCCAUAUAGAAGUCAUUUGUUUUAUUGAUCCUUUCUCAGUGGUUGUGGUUAAUUUUGUCUGGAGCGAAACCAAAAAUAACCUCUUUUAAAUCGGCUCACAUAAAACAAGGCUGCAAGAUUGUCAUUGUAGAAAGGGGUUGAAGCCAUCCAAACUGAGCUUUGGGUAACAUUCUGACAGCAGCGAAACGAACUUAAAACGUGUGACAGUGCAGUGCUUAUUGGCUUGAGCUCAUACCUCUUUUCAGACGAAACGAAGCACCUUUCAAUUUCCCCCCCGGGUGAUGACUUGUAAGAGUGUCUGCUACAUAUUACUGCAAGCCUCAAAAGGCCAAAGUUAGAGUUGUAUUUCAAUUUUCCUUGUACAGGUUGUUUAAGAAAGUAAGCUUCCGACUAUAAGCUUCUUUUCAAACGCAGUCUUGAAACUCUUAGCUCUUUCUCAACUGAUAUCUUUAUAAGACGGUACGGACACUUCCCUAAAACGGAUACUUAGAGUCCGCUCCCGACGUUCUUUAGUCAUUUUGUUUCACUCUGUAAGGCGCGCAGGCGCCUCUCUAAUACACUCUCUAGUACACCGGCAAGGUGCCGUUCCAAGCGGACUUGGUCUCCGAGAGAAUGAACUGGGUUAUUCGAUAUUUUCUGCUUGAGAAAUUUCGUAAAAGUUGGUCAAUCUUCUCUGCGAAAAGUGAUCGGUUGUAAGUUUUUUUAUUAGGGAGAUGAAAAAUGAUACAGAGCGCGCAUACUUCAACGAAGUCUUGGCCAGAGUGAGAAAAUGGCACGCCGAUGGUUAAUCAUGAAGAAAGCAUAAAUUUGAAAUCGGUUUGCGCUCUUUGUUUACAUUGCACGCGCGGAUGGUUGCUCAAGCUCUAGACCUUGAAGGGGCGUGUCAGAUUUGCUAGAAAGAACUGGCAUAGAUCGGCAUAGACAAGAGCGUCGUUUGACUCACAGUUCAACCACGCAUAAAUUCUAUCGGAACUCUAAGUCUCUCUCGCUUAUUUCUAGUAUUUCUUGCAAUUGUAAACAAACGGCAGGCCAAAUUUUUGUUCAGUUCCCCUUGAAUAAUGUAAAUAAAGGUAGUAUCCUAUUAUCUGAUUAAAAAUAAUCCGAUCAAGAGGUAUUGUUACGAUCAUUGUGAUGUUCUCAGCGUGACCUUUCGUGCUAUGUACGCACGUUGGCGUUGUUCCUGUUCUUGCAUGAUUGUUGAGUUAGGGUUAGGGUUUUCACAGCUCGAUACAGUAGAAAUAGUGACACAUAUCUGAAAACUUUAGGUGAGUAAAGAUUUGAAUUCUUUCUCGUUAUCAUAACUCCUUUUUCAACCAAUAAAAAAAAUCACUUUCUCUCGGGUUUUCUUCCCUAUGAUUCAUACUUCUACAAAACGUGUUCGGUCAUAUUGUACACGUGAGACACGCAACUAAGCCGCAGUCAUAUCGAUUACCAAUGGAAUGGCCACAUGUAUGGGAAUGCCGAUUCUGAAAUCCGGGACAUUUUUGCUUGUGGAAUCCGGAAUCUUGAAAAUUUGUCUUGUGGAAUCGGGAAUUCUGGGCUUUGCAAUCUGGAAUACAGCUCAAGGAAUCCGGAAUCCACGGUGUGGAAUCCAGAAUCCAAGACUUUUUGAAAUUUCCUUACAUACGGCGAAAUGGAAAAAUGGCAGUGUGAACUCACUUCCAACUCAUGACAUUGGAAUGUCGCCUCCUACCUACAUUUUUGCCAUUACCCGUGAUUACCAAAUGCAUAAUCCUUUUUUAAUUAAAUUUCUACUCUGGAUGACCCCUGAGAAAUUAAAGGAAAGACAAGCUGAAAACAAAUAGCGGUUCGAGUCGGCUUAUAAACGGACCUACCUAUAUUGAACUUUCUACUCUCACGUUUUACACCUGUCUUCUAAGCCGGUGAAUACAGCCAUCUUUCUUCGCUCCUCACCACCAGGAAACGUUCCUACCGCAGCAUCGCGCGACGAUCGAGGAGAGACGACUGUAUUUGCAGGCCAGUGGUUUGUUAACUUAAUCAUAUUGGUAGAGGUUUUUUGUCCGGCUCUCCUGAAAAUAGGCGGAAAGCCUAGUGGAGUAUUAAAAUUUGCAGUAUACAUGCUAGGACAUUUUUUGUCUCACGUGAUAUAUUUUAAAAACACGCAAACAUGCUCAAAACGUUUAAAAUGAAAAUUCAAGGAAAUAUAAACUUCUCUUUUGAAAUGGUUUUCCAUACGUAGACUGCAUGGAGGGUUCAUAGCUUCAAAACACUUCUAAGUGCUUUGUUUGUUUGUUUGUUUUUGACAGACUACUAAGAGAUCCUGUGAAAUGUGAUUGCCGGUUUUACCAAUAUUGGAAAACACUUAAAGGAAAAGGCGUUGCUAUUCAAGGGUAUUGCUCAGACUCUUCGGGCGAUCUUAAUGGAAUUUCGAUCGACAAACUCAAGGAGGGAUCAUUUUCUUGUGGUGAGUGUAAUUUAAGUUUUAAAAACUAAUGUUUGGUUUUCCUCAGAGACGAAGUCGUAAUCGUAGUCAUACGCUUUACGGAAUCGGACUCGCCAGAUCAGAAAUGUUAUCUUGGAGAAAACUAAAUUGUUGGAAAGUAAAACAUUGUUCGAGUGAGGCCUUAAACUCCUAUGAUUACAACCAAUGGGAAGUACUACUUAGAUCUGGGUAGAGACGCGCCAUCAACCUCGUUCCCAGGGUUCUCUCCUACCCGUCCCUGCGGAGCGCACGCGCGAGAGAGGGACGGAUAGGAGAGGACCCUGGGAAUGAGGUUGGUGCGUCACCAGUAUGGAAUUUUUGCGCUCGUUUCUUAUAUGUCAUUUCCCGGGAAACCAGUGCCGGUGGCGUCGCGAAAUGUCGGCUGUUUUCUCAGAACAGUGUAUCCAUUUUGAUGGAUCAAUUGCCAAACAUUGAGUCUAUUGCCUGAAUUUCAGCUUCUCCUCGAGUCUCGAGUCGCAAACUCCCGGGAGAGACGUCGUCCCAGUGAGUGACGCCGGUCCUCAGACUAUACCCACUGCUGGUCUCUAAGUUAUUCCUGGAACGCGCAAGAGGUUUUUUUUUAUUGCAAACUUACAUAAGUGAGCUUCAAACUCUCUGGGAAUAAAGUCUGUCGCAACAUGAAAGUUAAGACCUUUUCUUCUCCACAGAUUCCAUAAAUGUACUUCCCAGUUCAUCGACAAUUUCAGAGAAGGUAUCAAGUCAUAUUGGUGAUGGAGAAUUACGGUCAUCUCCUACCGAAAUGGCGCCAGUCACAUCUCAAGGUGCCUCCGCGGUCACAUCAUCUCAGGCUGUUGUUGUGAUGGCUGCAUCUCCAACAAGUUCAGCAGUAACGCCAUCUCUAUCAAGCCUGUUGUCGACUUCAUCUGAAGCCCCUAUAGUAGGACGGUUACAUCAAGUUAACUCUGUUGUAGUAUCAUCCCAUUUCAAGCCUUUGAUGAGGUCUUCUGUAAGUGAACAUGCACCAGAGGGAUCGUCCAUCUUGAGUUCGUCCGUUGAACCUACUCCUGCUGAUGUCUCGCCGACUGUUAGUGAUAUCACUAAUGCUUCGGCCGCUGUCACAGCGCCACCAACCAUCAAGGGUAAGAAAUAAAGGAUAUGUGUUCGUAGUACUACUAUAACAAAGAAAUCAAAUGUAAAAAUGUAUUUCAGUAUUACGCUUAUGCCACAACAUCUGGCUAGUGAUUUCGCAUUACCCAGUUUACACAAUCUAAACAAUCCGUUUUGCGCUCCUCUCUGUGGCCACAAAAUACCAGGCCAGAUUUUAACCAGAUCUCUUCAAGACCAUUUCAGAAGAGUAGAACUGAACCUUGGCUGUCAGCAGCCAAAUUGUAAAUUGUAAAUAUCUUAUUAUCCACUCCCCACAGGGCUUUUCAGGGAUAAUUUACAACACUGGUUGUGGGACUUUGCCAGACUGCUUAAGGUGCAGUUUACAAGUAAAGAAGGAAUGAGUAAUGAUGCCCCUAUACAUGAGUGUGAAAGUGAGAUAGACCACUACACCGGGCACUACGUGCCCUACUCUUUACGAAGAGUGUGUGGGUUCUUUAACGUCCCACAGAUUUAUUACAUGUGCAAGGGCCUGCGAGACGGGGCCUACGGUUUAUCGUCCUUAUCCGAGAAGACUAGAAAGUCUAACCAUUUGCAGAUGUUAUUACAAAGGCAGCACUUUCUCCUCAGUUAUUUAAAGACCGUGAGUGUUGGUCCGGCCGGGGUUUGAACCUACGGCGUUCCGCUCAGCAGACCGGCGCUCUUCCAACUGAGCUAACGGGGCGGCGGUGAAAUAAUAUUUCUUUUGAGGCUUUGCAUGAGCAACCCUCAACCUGGGCUCGAUUUCCGCCAGCUCUCUCCGUUUUCCUCAGAGAAGGAACGUGGGCUCAUUACCUGGUCAGCGGCUGGUUAUCGAGCCUGCCUUCCACAUUUUUGUUCAUUUCACAUAAGUUUUGAUUGCUACUCACGUCCUUUACAAUAAAACAAUUUUCUGUUACUUGUUUGUAGGGCCUCCAGUUAUCGUCAAGUUCGUCGAACCUAAACCAGUACCCCUGACUAAGGAGGUGCAAAUUAAAUGUGUUGCCACAGGCAACCCACCCCCUAAAGUCAGCCUUAUUUUUAACGAUCAGCCAGCAGGAAGUGUGGAUGGUGUGACUGUGACAUCAAGUGAUUCAGAGGCUGAGAUCAAAUUCAAGGCUGUUAUGGAUUCUUUCAUUUUUUGUGAGGCGACGAAUGAGCUUGGAAGGGAUAUACGCAAAAUAAGGAUAUCAGUGAAUCGUAAGUAAAAAUCGUACUCGCUUUUCAUUUCGUUACGUUACGUUAUUUCCAGUAACCCCUUGCCUCUUCCGUUCUAUUUUAAAAUUCAGCUCAUUCUUCUUGAAAGAAACCUAUUUGUAAUUUUCUCUUCACUGUUUUCUAUUUUCUCGAGAUGCGAUGAACGCGAAAACUGGACGCGCGUGUCAGUGCGGUGGGUGUGUCGGUUUUGCUUUGUUCACUGCGGUUUAUCAUAGACUGUUCAAAGGCUCCCUUUUAUGACGCAAACUACAACAAACAGCGAGCCAAGGGAGCGUAAGCGUGAAACUCAAGGAAUGAAUCGCGCUACCGUUUCACAUUCUCGUCAGCUCGCGCGUUCUUCAGUUCAGAAUACAUGUAUGAGAAAAUACAGGAUCGAGAACAUUCGCGUCUGUCGUCGCCAUCAUGUAUGAGAAAAUAUAGGAUUUCGCGUUCUUCGCGUUCUUCAGUUCAGAAAAAUAGGACGGGAACAUUCGCGUCUGUCGCCAUCCUUUCGCGUUCUUCAGUUCAGAAUACAUGUAUGAGAAAAUAGGAUCGGGAACAUUCGCGUCUGUCGCCAUCCUUUCGCGUUCUUCAGUUCAGAAUACAUGUAUGAGAAAAUAUAGGAUCGGGAACAUUCGCGUCUGUCGCCAUCCUUUCGCGUUCUUCAGUUCAGAAUACAUGUAUGAGAAAAUAUAGGAUCGGGAACAUUCGCGUCUGUCGCCAUCCUUUCGCGUUCUUCAGUUCAGAAUACAUGUAUGAGAAAAUAUAGGAUCGGGAACAUUCGCGUCUGUCGCCAUCCUUUCGCGUUCUUCAGUUCAGAAUACAUGUAUGAGAAAAUAUAGGAUCGGGAACAUUCGCGUCUGUCGCCAUCCUUUCGCGUUCUUCAGUUCAGAAUACAUGUAUGAGAAAAUAUAGGAUCGGGAACAUUCGCGUCUGUCGCCAUCCUUUCGCGUUCUUCAGUUCAGAAUACAUGUAUGAGAAAAUAUAGGAUCGGGAACAUUCGCGUCUGUCGCCAUCCUUUCAGUUUACGUCAAGAAAACAGAGAGUUUGAGGGCAGUCUAACGUCAAAGAAACUUUUGAGAAAUAGCUUACAAUUUAUUUUUCUUAUUCGAGUUUAUUUACCGCAAUAACCUCGCUAAGUUGUUUCUUUCUAAUAAUCUUUAGAAACCGGAGCAAGGUACUUGCUGAUGAAGGUGAAGUUAAUAAAAGAGGAGUUCAACGAAAACCUGAACAUCAGAGAAUCUAAAGAAUUCCAGGACCUCUCCGAGAGGAUAGUUUCGCAGGUAAAAGAAAAUGAAAGCUUCCAUAUUAGGAUAAACAACAGUAUAUUUUACUGGUAAUAGUCAAAGAUUACGUUGUGCGUUCGACCGAUCUCAAUCCAAAGCUCUGCUCUCCUUCAGCAAGUUGUUAAUGAUAUUAUUUACCCUGGCAAAAUCUGUGGGGAUGCCAAAGGCGGACUCCAGACGAAGCUUUUCCAGUACAGUCUCACUCCCAUCUUGUUUGGGAAAAAGUCCCACGUAUAAAGUGAAAAUGUGUAAUAGGGUAGUUAGUUAACGUAGUUCUAACACCAGAAUAUUUAGCAUGAUGGAAUUCUAAUAUAUGACAGGUUACGCUGCUGUUGGUUGUCUCUUUUCGAGUUUGGUCUAAGCGUUCUUUCUAUUCGUUAGGUGCGGUCCGUGUUAGGUUCUCUCUCAAGUUUUCUUGGUUCCAGUGUGGCGAGCUUUCGGUAUGUAUGCAUAUGUUUAUUUAACUAUCGAUCAUUCGCUACUUUCACCUUCCCAUAAUACACCUUGCUUGCCUCCCAAACGUUCUGCAUAAGCAUUGUUUCCAAUUUCUCUCGGGAUUUACAAUCCUCCCAAGAGAACUUGAAAACAAUACUUAUGCAAACUCUUGGUGGUAAACAAGGUGUAUUAUGGUUAAUGUGAACGUAGUGAAUAGAAGCACUUCAGUGUGUGGUAUAGUUAGGGCGACAGGCAUGUUCAUGUAACGCAAUCUUCGUUGUAAGAGAAACCUGUUCUGUUACUUAGAAACGAGGCCUGUAAGAUAUAUAUUAUUUCUGUGUGAUGGUUUGAAUCGGAUUUCCCCGCAGUAUAAAAUACCGCCGUCUUAAUUGACCAGUCACAGAGUGAGAGCUUGUAUUAAAAGGAAGAUGUUUCCGCUGUCAGGACUACAUAGGCCUCUAAAUCGGGGUUUCGUAAGUAGGAGUCUUUCACAAAAGAAGAAUUAUAUUUGUCAACUUUAUUUUAUGAAGUAUCAAAGAAAUAAAUGAAAUGAAUAAAUAAAUAAAAAUAUAAUAUCGACUGUAAGCUCGCUGUGUUAAAUCUGAGGCGGCCUGUUUAUGUUUUCUUAGUAAAAGCGAGGCUAUUUUAAACCUAAAUUAAUAACGUGAACUUAUAUUUCCAGACCAGGUUCAGUAAAAGCAGAUAUAUUGAUAAAGACAACCGCGGACGGAGGUGACUCAGUUCAGAAAACACUUCAAGAAGAAGUCAACAAAGCCAAGCUGGGAGACAUACCUGUAGAUCGCUACCUGUACUCCUUUGAGCAAACACAAGGUACGAAAUAGGAGAUCGGAGACCCGAAAAUUAUAAAAGGCAAAGCAAAGAAGAACGGGACAACCGAACCAGUACUAGGAAAUACUUUCUGGCCAAUCAGGAGCGAGCAUUUCAAAUUUUUCCAGAACUGGUUCAGCAUUAAGCGAAUUAAAUAUAUCUGAGCCAUCCUGUUGUUGCUGUAAUCUGAUUGGCGAUUUCGUCCGAAAUGAGGGGUAAUUGAGGUCACUGUGAUUUUGUAGCAAUUUUGCAGCAUUGCAGUUUUACAUGAUCAAGCGGUAUGCGGUUUUUAUAAAUUUUGUUGUUGUUGUUGUUUUUUUGCGGUGUCGCGUAUUUUUAUGUUUUUCAAUGCGAAUUUGCGGUUGUUAUCCCCCCCUACGCCCCCUUCUUAAAUGUCCCGUUUCUCACCAGUUAGCUGCUCCUGAAUUUCAAAAAAUGUCGUAGUUAUCAAUACCACAUAGAUAUUUGUUAAUGCCAAUGUAACCUUAAACGUCUCUAGGUCGACUGUAAAAUGUUACAAAUAGCUAGCAACUUAUAAAAUGUGGAUCCUCGCAGAAUAUUUCUGUAGAAAUGCUAGACGUUCGUUACACAUAGGAUACUUUAUCGAUCUUUGAUUGAUUUUCUCCAAUCAGCUUGCCCGUCUGUUUAUGAGAACGUCACGUGGAAUAAUGCAGCUCAUGGUACUACCGAUGUCCAGCUUUGUCCCAGGGGACUCCCAGGUUAGUUUAUUUGCUCAUUUCAGAGCUAUCCCUAAGCUUCCUUAUUAAAGCGAAUCCUAGUGAACAACCGUUCUUCUGAAAAUAAAUCAGUAGGCCAUUUCUGAGUUGCCCUAAGCCUCAGUUUCAAAGCGAGGCUAAGUGCGAAACCACUGAUAUAAAAAUGACUUGUUACGGCAAGGAGCCCAAAAGUGUGACCGCUUUUGAUUUAUUCACAUUCUUUCGUACAGGCUUAAUCCAAUCAGAAUCCAGCUGGAAACUGUCCUCGGCUUCUGAUUGGUUAAUGUCUGCAUGAAAGAAUGUGAGUUAAUUAAAGGAGGUCACACUUUUGGGACUCAUUUUUACAAGAUAGGUUUUGCACUUAGCCUCGUUUUGAGAGUGAGAGAUUUGAAACUUGGAAAUGGUCUGAUAAUUUGCACGUCCUGAUCUUUAUUUGCAAAGUACUAAAGAUCAAGAGGAAAUCCUCCCGAACUAUCAGAAGAUCUCAUUUUUUUCUUCCAUCAAUUAAAUUCGAUUAACCCGGAAAUUGGAAAGUAGAAAGUGUUACUCAUUGUCUUCUUUAUUCACCAGGUUUCGCUCGGCGCAACUGUUCGUCCGGGAUCUGGUACUAUCCGGACUACACAGAUUGUAAGACCAGUGACUUUCUCAAUCUCAAAAAUGAGGUACGUGAAAAAUAGUCAUAUAUAUAUUCUCCUGUCAAGAAAGAAAAGAAAAAAUCAUGAUAAUAAUGAUAAUAAUAAUAAUAAUAAUAAUAAUAAUAAUAAUAAAUAGUGAUGAUAAUAAUAAUAAACUGUGGAUUGUGGGAUCUUCUGGAUGUAAAGAGUGAAGCAGGACUCUUGCUCGCGAUCAUGUCAUUCAGGCCUCAAACCUACGCGAAAAGACCGCAUGGUCUCGUGGAUAGCAGUAAAUCCCUUAACAUUUGGUUGCUUCACGGCAUAGAACCUCACAAACAUUUACCUUUGUCGUUUUAUGACAAAAAAAUUGGGUCUCAUAACUGAGUUUGGGAUUUUUUAAAUUGAAAUUUCACUUAUUGCCUUGCGGUCUUGUGGCUGCGGGUUUCCCACAACGUUACCUGAAAAAGCCGUUCAGUUGGACCUCUCACAACGGCCACCCUGGGGACAGACGAAAGUGGCCGUUGAGUCCUUUAGUUGCUCCCUCGCUUAACUAAGUGGAAGCAUCUAAAUGAAUAAAAUAAAUAACUUAAAUGUAUGGGCCGUCCACCGAAAACAAGUGGCCGUUAGUUUUAGAGAAGUGGCCGUUAGUUGAGGUUUGACUGUAUUUGUCUCCUUCAAAUGUCAUUCUUUGUAGAUAAACAAAUCGGUGUCUAUCGAAAAUAACAAGGAUGAAACGGAGAAAGAUAUCCUAACAGGUCUAAAAAGUCUCUUAAACUUCACAACGCCGAACGAGAACCACGCAAUACUCGCUGGAGACCUCGUCACAAGCACAGAAAUACUAAAAAUAGUUGUGGAUUACACGACACGUGCAAGUAAAGACAGUGUACGCACUAUCGAAGAAGUAAAGGUAAAAAAACUAUCCCUGCUACUUCUAGCUGUUAUUAAGUAAGUGCGUAAGUGUUUUCGUGCUAACUAAAUUAAGUGAGUAACUACGUUUGUGCUUACGUGAGUGAGUGAGUGAGAGAGUAAGUAACUAAGUGUGUUUUUUUGUUAACGGCAAUGACUCUGCAAUCGCUGCACCUCGCCUUUAUUCGGAGGCGGGCUGAGUACUUAGGGAGAGCAAGGGUGGCGCCGGCGGUGGUGAGACCACUCGCCUUCCACAAGUGUGGCCCGGGUUCAAAUCACGCGUCGACGCCAUACCGUGCUAUGUGGGUUGAGUUUUGUUGUUGGUUCUUUCCAUUGCUCCGAGAGGUUUUACUCUGGGUACUCCGGUUUUCCCCUCUCUAUAUUAUUUUCCAAAUUCCAAUUCGACCAGGAUUGGUAGUCGAAGAACCACUCAGUGGAUAUGCUACCUCUAAAUCGUUAUUUAGUUAUUUAUAUGUUUAUUGAUUUAUUUACUGCCCACUUGCACUUUAAGCUCAGGAAAGGUUCUCUGAUUCUUUGACAUAUGAUAAUGUUUUUUUGACAGAACAUAAUCGAAGUGGCCAACAACAUCCUUCAUCAGCAUAAUGAACAGGAGUUUAUCGUCGCGCAAAAGGUAAAUUUGUCGGCUGCAGGCGUUAGGCCUUACCACAUUAUUGUUUUCUCUCGGGCAUUGAACAAUUAAACACUGACACUCGGUUUCAGCCGUUCACUCUUAAUAGUGAAAUAAACAUUGAAUAUUCCUCCGUUUUUGUUCGUGAACAAAAAUUACGACCAUGCAUUGGCAGUUGUCGAGGCUUCUUUAUGAUUGAUGCUUAAGUGCCGAAGCUUCGACGACUGAUAUCGGCUCUUACACUUCAGGUAUUACAGACUGCAUCAAAGUUUAUCUUAGCCCUCGAGAAAUAUGGUCUCCAAUCCGCGCAGGUCUCUUCCUUCAACGCAAACAGGAAUCUCAAGAUAUUUAUCACUGAAUAUGUUGGUGAGUAGUAAUAGUCUAAAACAAUUUACUUCCAUGAGUAGAUCGUGCACACUCCUGUCUGUAGUUGGCAGGGUUCCUUCAGAGAAAAAGUCUUGAAAUUUGAGCAGGAAAAAGACUGGAAAAUAGAGAUUAAGUCUGGGAAAAUGGUAAAAAGUAUUUUAUUUUUUUUUCGAAGCUACAACAAUUGCUUUAUAAGUGAAUUUUUUUGUUUUGGUCAAAUCUUAUUCAAUCUCGGCCUCGUACGUUUCCACCUAUUUGAUAGCCUUGAAUCUGUGAAAUAAAAAUAUUGUUUUGGAAAAAGGUCUGGAAAAAGUAUUGAAUUUUGGAUCCAAAAUCUGUACGAACUCUGAGUUUUACCCUUUACUUUUUUCUUUUCUUUUCUUUUUUUUGCGCAAAAUGAAGGAUCCAAACCAUCCUCUUCAUCAUCAUUUAGCGACACACGCGGAAAAUAGCUGCCCGAACACCUUGAGACACAAAUCAUACCAGCUUUAUACUUUUAUAAGAACGUUACCGCCGGCAGUAAUUUAGAAAAUUUAGGAAUUUCUUCCUUCUACCUCUCCAUUUUUGAAGUAUGAACACAUAACUCAAUUUUAAUGGCAGGUGAUCGACCAUCGUCUCUAAAUAUAACAUUCACUGAUUUACGUUUUCUCAUAUUUAAAAUUUUUACUUUGAUAGUUAUGGGUGCCGGGGUAGCAGAUCCGGAGACGAUAUCAGAAGACGUCAUAUUUCCAAAUUACAACUGGCCCGACUUAGCAAGGGUCAAAGAAGAGUGGAAUGUGACCACCUUUGUGGUGUUAAGCACGAAGAUGAUCAAGGACAUGAAAGGUAUGGAAUCUUAUAAUGGUACGAUAAUUAUAUCAAAAUAAUCGAAACUGAUUAGUUUUAGACGGCUCUUAUUUGACUGCGUAAUUAGCACAUCUGUUGCGGUACCAGAUUGUCUGGUUUGACCUGUCCGAGCACCAGGAGCUUUGCAAUCGGAGAGUUAAGCAGGCAAUGAAAAUUAAACUUUCUUGCCUAUGCUAACCAAUCAAAUUAAAGCUAGAGACUGACUGGUCCAAUGACCUUCACUAAGGUAUGUUCAAGUGCCGGGUUUUUUUUUUCAUUUAGUUUGUUUAUUUGUUUUUUUAAUUGAACAGUCGGAUUACAGUUUUAUUAUAAAGAUUUUCUGGAUGGCGUUCAUACGAGUUUCAAAACAGUUUAAAUUUUUUUGCUUUGGAAAGUUUGCUGUAAGUUGAUGUAGUAACAAGGUGAAAUUAAUGUACUUACAUUUACUAUUCUAUUACUGAGUCUCUCGCAUUUUGUUACUGACACAAUCAUUUGGUCAGUAAUAGGACUUAAGUCCUACAACUCAGAGAAUCGUGCUCGGACAGGUUGAAGUUAACUUCCUGAAUUUUACUCAACUCUGUCCUACUUUGUCCAGUCACCAUGGCUUAUUAUGUCGUAGCUUAAAAGUGUCGAAAUUUCUCAUCACUGGUUUAUUUGUUAUCAAAACACUUAACAUCUAACAAUCUGAUUUUAUUUUUGUACCAGGUAAAGAUAAGAUCAAAAUUGCGGCAUUUUUAUACAGGACACUGACAAGGAUUCUGUCGUUUGAAAGGUACGUUUGGCGUGCGGGGCCGGCUUGUUCAAAGCUGGGUUAUGAUAAUCCAGGAUUAGUGCGAAAUUGGAAUUAAGAUAUGAAAGCCGCUUAAAAAAACAAAUUCAGCUUAAUUCUUUUCGUCUGUAAUUUGAUGACUGGAUGAACUAAAAAGAAUAGAGGAAAUCAUGCGAGAAAAAGAGAAGAAACAAGGCUCUGGGAGGUAUUGAUAUAUCUGGUGUGAGUGAUUCGCUUAUUUUAAUGGCGUUGUUUUUUCGAUAGUGCGUACAGUGACAAGGGUCUUAACUUUGAAGUCAACUCGGCGGUCAUUUCGGCCUCCACGGACCCGAAACCUCCUACAAAAUUGAACGAUCCUGUCAUCAUUGCCUCAAGUAACCUCCAGGAAAUGGCUGUAAGUUGACGUAAAGAAAUUGAAAACCAUAUUCAAUAUAUUUUUUUUGUAUUUUAUUUGCCAUCUUUAAUAUUUAUCUGUCAUUUUUUACAUCUUUAUGCGCGUUUAAAAUAAAUUUCCUUGUUUUUUAUUUUAUUUUCCUUAUGUCUAGGAUAAUGAUCAACCGAUUUGUGCAUUUUGGGACUUCAAUUUGUAAGUAGCUCCCGUUAACUUUUCACAUGUACAAAAUUAGGUAACUAAACUAGGAGAAUAAACAGAGACCAAAGGAGUGUGUUCGAAUUGUAAAUUGAUAGGUUAUUUACGACCUACUGAUUUUUUUUAUGUUAUGCUGUGAUUUUCUUUCUUCGCCCUGAAUACUCUGAAGACCAGUCUUCACGUGAAUAUUGCGUUCGGUUCAUUUCUUUACGAUGGGAAAUUUACAACCAAACUUUUGUGUUUCACUACCCCACCUACACAGCACCGCCUUUUCUUUAGCGACUAACCAGACUACGCGCUGAAAUUGGUUUUCAAUCCUAGCAGUGUGAAAUGUUUUUAUCAACCAAUGAUAUUUUACAUAUAUUACAGCAUGUUGCAGCACUGCUUCUUGAGUUAUCUUCUUCGUUCUAUAGUCAUGUCUGGCCUCGCGAUUGAAACCCCCUGCCAAGAUACCUCUGCUUUAGUUGAAUUGACAAGGAGUAGAAGUUACCUUUUGGGUUCAAAAUGUUAGAGAGCCUUAGAUUCUGUGACAAGGACCACUACGAGUACGAGAUUUUCUCAAUACUGAGUUCAGUUCACGCGUGAACCAGCGUCAUUUUGGCGGGAAAACGAAAUAGCCGUCGUCACUCUACUGCGAGUUUUACCGUCGUAGUGGCGGGAACAAGUUAACAAAUGUAAGAAGUUUUAUCAUUUUACUAUCGGGAAAGGGAUUAACCUCCUUGCGUAUAAAUAACCGUACUAACUGUUUGGUGGAAAAAGUAAAAUGAAGCUUCCCGCGCUGUCUUUAUUUUUGAGAACACACGCAAAAACUUUGAGUUAAAUCUCCUACUCGUACUCGUUCUCGUCCUCAAAUCUAAAGUUCUCUAUUAUUGUUAAAAAUGUACCGAUUGUAACUUUACGUAGGAAUGCCCCGCAUGGAGGGUGGUCUGAGGAAGGCUGUAACACAACUAACUACAACACUCUGCGAACUACGUGUCAGUGUGAUCACAUGACUAAUUUUGCCGUUUUAAGAAGUAAACCUCUUUCUCCCGUAGCGAUCACGGUAAGUAGUCAGUGCGUAACUUACGCUUUUAUGUCUUGCCUCGUAGUGCUCAGUUCAGAAAAAAAUUGUAUAUUUGAGUGUUUACUAAAAACAAGUGAGGAACACAUGAUUGACAACUGGAGUGAAUAGAGAAGACGUUCUCAUUUUUUAUGUCGUCUUUAAGGGCUGAAGUGAUUUUCGCGUUAUAAAAAGGGAACCAGAAGAAACUCAUACUAACAGACGGGCGUGGUUUAUUCCGCCAAUGAACUGAACAGAGCUCGAACCAGAUGGGCUAGGUGAUAGCGUUGUUGGGAAGGAAGAGGGAUAGAGGAACACGCGAUGUUGUAAACAUUUGAUUCAAAUGAAUCGCCUUCCCUUGAGUAGUUCUUGCGCGUUGUAAUCUUGUAAUUUCAUUUUUUUUUUCAAAGUUAUAUUUGAAAUUUUUCUUAACUUUGAUCUUGCACAUUCUGGGUCAACAAAAUAAUGGGAGCUUUUCGGCCAGUCAAUAGUACAGCUGUACAACUAAAGGAUGCACGAACAACAAUUCUUCGCAGUAUUUAAUCGAAAGCCUGAUUUAAAGUUAAUGCAGUUGAACCAUCUUGAACAUACAGAACAUAGAAAUGACGUAAAAUGUUCCGGUUACAGUAUGAUUAAGCUACUUUCUUUACUUUGCAUUUAUUUGUUUUGUUCUACAGGGAACAGGCUCCACAAGUGACUUUAUGCAUUGUAUUUACAUUGCUUGUUGGAUUAUCAUCGCAUUUGCUGGACUCACGUUUUUGAUUCUUUUGAUUGUUUGUUGGUAAGAACCUCUUAAUUUAUUAUGCAGCUUCUACGAUCGUACCUUAAUUAAUCACCCUGCUGGACAUUGAUAGGUGGUGCUGUUUUGUACAUCCCUCGGUGUUUAUGAAUGUUAAACUGUGAUACUCUUCUUAGAUUUCUGGCUUAAGUUGGUCAUUUUGAGUUGUGAUUUUGAAAGUUGUUUAAUUUUGUGGAAAGUUGUUUUGCGCUCCUUGCUAAGUUACAAAAGGCUGUCUUGUAAAUUUCUCAACGGUACGUUUUUAUGUAGCUGUCUGUUGAGGGCUUUCUAGAGGGCACUGAAUCUUCUCGCCUGAGAAUCACUUCCACUUGGUACUCUUUAUCAUGCUGUUCAAUGUUAGACUGCGCCACAGAUGAAACUAAACUCUGGUAAAGUCCGUCUGUGAAAGAGCGCCGAAAUCUUUGUUAGGAGCCUUCACCUAUGUACCGAGAUUUGAGUACGCGUUAUUGAUUGGCCUGUUAAAAAAGCCAUUGUCGAUUUGCCAAUCAGGAUGAAAGGUGAUUGGAAACGCACUUCCGGUAAUUCGUUGGGUCCCGGUAGGGGGCCCAGAACAAGGGUAUCGGCUCUGCCUCGCAGACGUUACCGGGAUUCGAUUGCGUCUAAGGCGCAGGUUAGACGCAGGCUACAAACUUGUUAAAUUUAAUGCUUAAGAAAAAGCUGUUCAGGGUUGAUAUCACUCAGUCGACUUGAAACGUUGUUCCCCUCAAUGUCACAAGGGUAGGAGGGGUCUGUGACGAUGACGUCAUAUAACGUCAUUUAUCCGACAAGCCGCCAUAUUUGAUCCACUAGUUUGUUUGUUACGAUUCUUGCUUUCCUUGUGCUGGGUGUAUGGGAUGAAUUGUGUGAAUUUCAUUCUAAUUUUGCGUAUGUAUUUUUGGCUCUAGUUGGUUGAAACCCGAUCGAACAUGGGCGAUGCACAUGUGUGUUUGUGCUUCUAUUAUUGUCACCUUUGUUUUAGUCCUCUUUGGUCUGACGUCUUAUAACGACUUGGUAAGACUACAAUUUAUACAUGGUAUUAUUCAAGUUUUUUAAUGGUCAAAAUCAAUUCUUUUGGCACGUCCUGCUAUCGAAUUAUGUGAAACAUCAGGCAAAUCGACGGGAUACCAAAUGUUAACCUGAGAUCAGGCUCUAUUUUCGUUACGUUAG